UUCCGGAAGAGCAACUAGUGCGAGUUUAAUGGACAAGGAAGAGAUAUUUGUUUAGGUUUAGUCAGGAAAACAUACAUUUUUUGUUGUUUCUUCAAAUUGUCUUGCUCUUUUUUAAUUCGUUAGCAUGCCUUUGUUUGCCCAAAAUCCAUUUGACCAAGAUGUUGAAAAGGCAACCAAUGAAAACAACACCACAGAUGACUGGGGGCUCAUUAUGGACAUCUGUGAUAAGAUUGGAACGACGGCCAAUGGACCAAAGGACGGCUUGAGAUCAAUUAUGAAGAGAGUGAACCACAAAGUGCCUCAUGUCGCCAUGCAGGCGCUCAAUUUGCUCAGUGCUUGUGUGUCAAACUGCGGCAAAAUAUUCCAUUUGGAGAUCUGCUCAAGAGAGUUUGCAAGUGAAGUACGGAGUGUGCUGAGCCGGGCUCACUCCAGGGUGUGUGAAAAGCUCAAGGCUCUGAUGGUGGAGUGGGCAGAGGACUUCCAGAAAGAUCCACAACUCAGCCUGAUCGGUGCAACCAUCAAGUCUCUGAAAGAGGAGGGCAUCAGCUUCCCCUCCCCGUCCUCACAGGGGUCCGCCACAAAGGUCAACACACCGGCGCCUGUGAGCAAAACAUCAGACGAUGACGCCCUGGCUAAAGCCAUCGAGCUGUCCCUGCAGGAGACGAAGCAGCAGGCGGAGACACGGCCCCUAACCAUGACCACGGACCCACCGAACUAUACCAACGGUAGCGGGGGGCAGGAGGCACGGAAGGUGCGUGCGCUGUACGACUUUGAAGCGGCUGAAGAUAAUGAGCUGACCUUCAAAACCGGAGAACUUAUUCUGGUUCUGGAUGACAGCGAUCCAAACUGGUGGAAAGGAGAGAACCACAGAGGAGUCGGCCUUUUCCCCUCCAACUUUGUCACGAAUAAUCUGAAUGCUGAUCCGGAGCCAGUGGCUUAUGUCGAAAAGACGUGCAGCUCAGAAGAGUCGAGCCUAGAGACCAAAGUCGAGCCUGAGCCCGUCUUCAUCGAUGAGGGGAAGAUGGACAGCACGCUGGCACUGCUGCAGAAUGCAGAUCCUGCAGAUCCGGCUCCUGACUCUGCGGAGCUGAUCCAUCUGGAGGGUGCAUGUGAACAGAUGAACCCGAUGAUUGAUGAGAAGCUUCAGGAGAUUGACAGGAAACACUCAGAGUUGUCAGAGUUGAAUGUAAAAGUCCUGGAGGCUCUGGAGCUUUACAACAAACUCAUGAACGAGGCUCCGUACUACUCGACCUACUCCAAGAUGCAGACACAGUACGGCCCAGCCGGCCCACCUGCAGCCAUGCAGGGCUACAUUGGCCCAGCUGGUGCCCCCUACAUGUCUCAGGUGAUGCCCCAGGGUCCUCCCGCUCAGCCCUACUGCCUACCCAACGACCAGCCCGGACCACUGCAAUCACUGCCCCCCAACGUCUCAGCUCCACCCAGCACCCAGGCUGUUCAGCCUCCCUACAUGAGCAGUGGCAUGAAUGCCCAGUACAUGAACCAAGCAGCUGGAGCUCCUUACGCACCACAGGCGGGCGUGGCCAUGGACAUGUCGGCCUAUCACAACUCCAACAUGCCUCCCGUGUCCUACCCUGUCUCUGCUCCUCCUCUCCAGGCUCCUCAGCAGCAGCAGCAGCAGCAGCAGCAAGCAGUGUAUUAUCAGCAGCCUCUGCUGUAAAACUCCCACCGACAGCAGACCUGGGCUGAACACAAUACAUCAGAUAUUUCAGUCUCCUGUGGUGUGUUCAUUUGGCUUUGCUUGUGUGAGUUUGUGUGUAUGAUGAUGAUGAUGUUGUUGCUUUGGCAACACUCCUUAAAACAUUUUAUGUGCCUGAUGAGCUGAAUUGAACACACCAUGAGAGUUGAAAACACUGAGAUGUGUUUCCGCAGGACUGUUGUUAAUCUGAGUCAGGACUCUUUCUGUGCAUGUCCUCCGCAGCUGCUGUACGUGAGGCUGAACAUCCCGAGGCGUCAGGAAUGAUCUCCUGUCAUCUCUUUUUUUUUUUUCCCUGGCUGACAGCGAACACAGCGCUCGUCUUCACAAACAUUACAGAAGAAGAGUUGGGUUUGCACCACCAAGACAGGACCACAUAACCAGCAGUCAUUGUCUAACUCUAAAGAAAUUAGCAUUUUGCAAUCCAUAGUUCACCCUGUUGCUACUCCCACACAUCUAAUCCCUUUAAAUGUUUUUUGAAGUGGUUACAGAGGGUCAGGCCAUGUUCACAGUAAUGCAGAUCAGUGUGAAAAUAAUGCUGUUUUUUGUGUCUCUCUUUUGGCUUUGUGUCCACAAUACCUCAUCUGCACCAAGAAGGAGUGAAACAACAAAGUAGCUGCAGCUUUAUCCACAGAUGCUGUUAUGCAUUGGAUGUUUAUUCUUUGAGACGCUUGUAUUCUAAUCAGUGUAAUGACAUUGGUACAUUAGAAUAAAAUGGGCUGAAGUAGCAGCACUGCAAGUCAAAUUUAAACAAAUCAUGAGCCUUUACUCAAGCCGUGCUCUAGCUGUAUUGAUUGCAACUCAAGCAUCUCUUUUCUUUGUAGUUUAUAUCUGUACACAGCUGAGACAUGUCAAGUACAGACAUCCAGCAGGCCCGUAUUUGCUUUUUAUUUCCCAGAAUAAAUCAGUCGUAUUAGUGUUGCCAGGAGAAACUGAGCAGGUCAACGUGUUUGUGAAUGGCAGCCUUUUCAGACAUGCAACCUAUUGCCUGAACCGGCCCAAACCGGCCUGGAUUGAACUUUAUAUGACACCUAAAUGGCAUUUUCAGAUGAAUCUGCAUUAAUGUGAAAAUGGCCUCAACAUUUUAAAAGACUUGGUUAGAGAGCUCAUUUUCCUGCUAAGCCAGCACAUUGAAUUUCUGGGACGUGGCGUUGGUGCUCGCUUCAGGACGAAGUGAGCGGUCCUUUUGAAAGGCCGGAUCUGUGUGUGUGUGUGUGUGUGUGUGUGUGUGUGUGUAUGUGUGUUUGUGUUUUUUUCUUCUUCCUUCUUCCGCACCAGCAUCCAUCACUGUAGCUGCUGGUUUCUGAACAAACUCUCCGAAGUAAAAAAAAAAAUAUAUUUUCGUUCAAAAUAUUGAACGUUUUUUUUGUUGCAAAUGGUUCAAAACAUAAACUUUUCCAUAAACUCACUGCCUUCUAAUGCAUACUGUGGUUACAUUUGAGAUAUUUAAGAGGACAUUAGGUGUGUGUGUGUGUUUGUUUGUUUUUGUUACGUAUGUUUGUGUUACGUAUGUAUCUGUAGGAGGGGCUUACAGGUAAUAGGUUCUUCAUUGUAAAUCUUUCCCAAGGAUCAUCAGAUGUUUAGGUUGAACUGAUAAAAAGUUGGUUUGAUGUCUUUGUUUUUUCUGUUUAUUAAUCUGAGAGAAGAAUAACCUUCUUGCCUUCUCUUCUUUAAACGUGGAGUCUGUUCCAUCUCUUCUGAAGCCGUUUCAACUCCUUUUUUUUUUUUUUUUGCAAAUGCACGAUUCUGAGAUUUCUCCCGUCUAUACACUUACAUUUCAAACCUGUCAGUGACAUUGCCUGUACUUUGAUUUAUAGAUAUAUAUAUAUAUUGAGACAUUAUACAUGUGUAAUUGACAUGUUUUGGAGAUUGUGUAAUUAUUAUUCUCACUUUGCUUCCGCUUUUACUUUUUGAUUGUCCGGGCUAAAUGUACAAAUGAAACAAAACUUUCCCAAAAUGUUAGCUGCUGUUUUUUGAAGAAUCUUUGUUCAGCGAGAAGUGUGACAUCAUGUUUUGAACUGACUGUUGGGUUGUCUUUGAGUUUCUUUGGGGCGAUCAUUAAUGAGCAGCUUAAGAACAGAAUCCAGUCCUGUAGCUCUGUCAGUUGUGUCCUGAACUGUCUAUAUUUCCUUUACUCGCCUCAGAUAAAUGGCAUUGUAUAUUAGAUGUAAAAUACCGGGUUUUGUCAGUGACCUUUGCACCUUAGCUUUGUAAACAUUUAUUUACCACUGGAUGCCUUUUUGUCUCUGUAGAAAGUAAAGAACGACACGGGAGUAACUUCAGUCUCAGAAUCAGCUGGUUAUGUAAAAAUUCUGUAUAUUUAAAAUAUUCCAGGAAAAGUUCCUUUAUCCAGGAUUUUAAAAGUGCUUUUGUAACAGAGCAAACUUAUAAAAUUCUUUGAAAUAAUAAAAAAAAAGACCUUUGUUGAUGA